GCUUAAUAUAGACUGGAACGGAAAUGACUGAAUCACCAACUCAAGACAAGGUUGCGUCGCUCGUUGUCUUGGUAACGGGCGGAUGUGGAUACGUUGGGACGCACACGGUGGUCUGUCUCCUCGAGCAAAACGUCCAAGUCGUCGUGGUGGACAAUGUCGCAUGGACAACCGACGGCACUGAAAGCAGCAAACCAACGUGUUUACAAAGGGUUGAAGAGUUAACUGGCAAGGCAGUUUUUUUUCACAAUAUUGACAUAGGCCACGCCGAUGCUCUCGCAAAGAUUUUCGAUUCGUAUCGAUUUGAUUGCGUCAUUCAUUUGGCUGCUCUGAAAUCGGUCGGAGAUUCCUGCCGAUUGCCGCUCGAUUAUUAUCGCAAUAAUGUGGCCGGCACGGUCACGCUCCUAGAGGUGAUGAAAUGCCAUCAAGUUAAGAAAUUAGUUUUCUCCUCUUCGGCAACUGUGUACGGUGAGCCGCAGUAUCUGCCCAUCAAUGAAGAUCACGUGACAGGCCAGAAGGUAACCAAUCCUUACGGCCGCACUAAAUAUUUUAUCGAAGAAAUAUUACGUGACCUCUGCACAUCCGAUCCGGAAUGGAGUGCCAUUUGUUUGCGAUAUUUCAACCCUGUCGGUGCGCAUCCGUCCGGAAGGAUCGGUGAGGAUCCUGCAGGAGUCCCUUGUAAUCUGAUGCCUUACGUGGCUCAAGUGGCCGUAGGUCGACGUCCCAAACUGGCCGUUUACGGCAACGAUUAUCCGACGCCAGAUGGCACUGGAAUCCGAGAUUAUAUUCACAUCAUGGAUUUGGCGGAAGGACACUGGGCAGCCACGAAGACAAUCCUUCGGAACGGAAGUAAAGGUUCAUGGCUGGCCUAUAAUCUUGGCCUGGGUCGCGGCUAUUCCGUCCUGGACGUGGUGAAAUGUUUCGAAUCGGUCAGUGGCCAGUCGAUCACCGUCGAUUUCGUCAGCCGCAGGGAUGGUGAUGUCGCCUCGAGUUACUCGGAUUGCAGCCUGGCCUCUAGCCAGCUGGACUGGAAGGCUAGCCGCACUCUGACCGACAUGUGUACGGACAUGUGGCGCUGGCAGUCGAUGAAUCCCAAUGGAUACCAAUCCAAUUAACAAAGAUGGAGGACCAAUCAACCCAUUGAACCCCUCUGCUCAAA